AUAUAAUUGAUAAGUUUCAUGAUAUCUUGAAUAAAUGUAUUGGAUGGCAAUCUUUUCCAAAAAAAUUUCCAAUUGACUAUUGUAAAAUUUGCAAUUUUUGGAAUUAUCUGGGGUUUAUUCAAAGAAUACCAGAAACUCAAGUUCAAAUAGCAAAUAAUAAGCCUUUAUUUUCAAAUAAAAUACUGGAUUUAGAUUAUAUACUCAAACAAAUAUUUGAAUUUUUUAAUUUUUGUGAAGGACAAUAUGAUGCUAUAUAUUCAUUUUUAGAGAAUAAAGAUACUUUAGUUGUAUUACAAACAGGAGGUGACAAAACUUUAUGUUUUGCAAUGGCUGCACUUGCUUCUUUUUGUUUAACCGUUAUUUUUACUCUUUUAAAAGCAUUAAUUGAUAACCAUGUGAAUAGUCUCAUUAGUAUAGGAAUUUCUGCUGCAGGGCUUUAUGCAUUUAUAGAUCAAUUUUAUGAAUAUCAAAAACGUGUUUUUUCUGAAUACUUGUUAGGGAUUUUACCUAUUUUAUUUGUAACUCCAGAAAAGUUGGAAAAAAAUAAAUCAUUCUAUCAACUGCUCCAAAAAUUUAUGAUGAACAGGGAAUCCAAUUUGUUAUUAAUGAGUCUUAUUGCAUGCUUGAUUAUAGUAAUUUUAGGUGGCUUAACAAUUGGAAGAUAUAUUAUUUAUUGUUCAAGUCCUGAUUCUUGUCAAGAAUUGUUCAAUAAUUAG